CCAAACUAGGAACCGAGAAUCAUGGGUAAAACGUCACGCCCCUUUCAAACAUCCCUUUCCAUUUCCGCGAUUGUAGUAGAAGUUUUCUGACUGAGACCCUGUAGCAGAACCGUGUGUCGGACCAACCUACACAUUUUAAGAAAUAACUGAACGAUCUGAUAACAUGAGUGAAAUAAAACCCGCCGACAUGGUGGCCGACAGUGCAAUUGAUCCUGGGGAAGAGAAAGACUGGGCAGCCGCCAAAGCCUUUUUCGACAACUUGAAAACGAAAACACCUAGACCCCCCAAACCGAGAUAUGCCGUGACCAUCGCAGUAUCUUCACGGACUUUAUUCAACAUGACUGAGGAAAGGAAGAUUUACGAGGAGGAAGGGGUGGAGAAGUAUGUCGGUCAUCAGGUAGAGCAUGAAAAUGAACCGCUGAAACCUGGUGUGGCGUUCCCAUUUGUAAAGGCUCUUAUGACUGUGAAUGCCAGACUGCGGCAACUGUACCCAGACAGUGAGGAGCUUUUCGACAUCGUUCUGAUGACUAACAACCACGCCCAGGUCGGGGUGAGGCUGAUUAACAGCAUCAAUCAUUAUGAUCUGACCAUUGAGAGGUUCUGCAUGACCGGCGGCCAGAGCCCCAUUGGCUACCUGAAGGCCUACAUGACCAACCUCUACCUCUCCAAGGACUCGGAGAAGGUCCAGGAAGCCAUCGAAGAAGGUAUCGCCGCUGCCACCAUGUUCGGCGCUGAUAUACAAAACCAGUUGUGUGAUAAUCAGCUGAGAGUGGCGUUCGACGGCGACGCCGUCCUCUUCUCAGACGAGUCUGAGAUCAUCGUGAAGAAACAUGGCCUGGACACAUUCUUUGAGCAUGAGAAGGAGUUUGAGAACAAACCUCUUGCACAGGGUCCUUUGAAGUGUUUCCUGGAAGCGCUGGGCAAGCUGCAGAGGAAGUUCUACGCCAAAAACGAGCGUCUGAACUGUCCCAUCCGCACCUUCCUGGUAACGGCGCGCAGCGCGGCCAGCUCCGGGGCCCGUGUGCUGAAGACACUGCGGAGCUGGGGCCUGGAGAUCGACGAGGCUCUGUUCCUCGCCGGGGCCCCCAAGGGCCCGCUGCUGCAGAAGAUCAAGCCCCACAUCUUUUUCGACGACCAAAUGUUCCACAUCGAGGGCGCCAAGGAGCUGGGGACCAUCGCCGCCCACGUGCCUUACGGUAUUGGCCAGAAGUACCACAAAGGGAAGCUGAUUGAGCAGCCUGGUGGGAAGAAGUGAGGUUGGACUUGGAGGUACCGAUUGAGCAGUAGGUGGAUGGUUACACGCAUCAAAAGAUGCAUCUUUUGUCACUGUGUUAGUACUUAAUAGAGUAUCUUUUCUAUACUGGGUUUUUAAAUAUAUUUUUGUGAUAUUUAUCUUUGAUAUAAGAAAUAGUUUAAUAUUACAGCGCAAGUGCCCUUUUUGUCAAACUACUCCAGGAAUAGACCAAGAUGCAUGCCUUGCGCAUGUUUUACAUUUAACAUAAGUACCAAUGCUUGUUGUAAAUAUUACAAAUAUUUCCAACUGAGGAAGUAGCCACCGGUCACUGAUAAUGUCACUGGCAUUAAUACAAUUUAGCUUGGCAUUUCAUUUACACAUUUUGCUCCUAGUAGGUUCAUUGUGUUUGCAUAGAUACAGGAUGUAGAAUUAGGACCUGUGGAUAAUCGAAAGAACCAGAAAAGUGACUUGAGUUGUAGUCCUCUGUGAAUGGAAAACUUCAGAUAACACAUGCAGUGUUUUAAAAAUAACUUUAGAAUCAGGACAUUCACUGUACACUGCGAGAGACCACAACAUUUAUCAUCACAAAACUCUGUAUCAAAUCAUGCACCUUGGCUUGAUUGAGUGUGAAAUUGCUAACUUUAACCCCGAGUUUGAUCAGUAAUGUGAGUGACACAUAAUGUCGUUUGUCAGUCAGUAAAGCACUUCAGAUAGAUAUGCAAUAAUGCCUCUUGGAGUCUCUGAAGCGGAGGAUGCUUAUUCAUCUCUAUCAUGGUGGGGUUCAUUAUCACGGGAAGAUUUACAAUAAUGGAACUCUAAAGGCGCUGCACACAAGCACAAUAUGAUUAUUCCUAUGUAUUUUAUGCAUGUAGUUUCUUUGACCAGGGUUGUUUUUGUAUUUCUUAACAUUGUCUCUAAACUUUGUCUAAAUGUAUGGAGCAGUUUUAUUUUUCUGCAAAAGUCUUUCUGUUCUGUUCUUGGUUUUUUUAAGAUCCUGGUUGAGAUUUUAGAUCAUGGAAGCUUCUGUUCCAUUCGCUCCUCACUGAUGCUCUUAUAGUCAGCCAUUUUUUGAGUCUGGAGAUUCCAGCUUUAUUUUACUGUUUGCAUAGCAUUAUUGGUGUGUUUUCCUCAGUGCGUCGAACGCACUAUCUUAGGUCAAGAACUAUCAGUUUAAGGCCACAAAGCUGAAGCUGCUGAUGGAAAUGUAGAGAUAGGAAUAGUUUUUGCUUUGGCCCUCAUCCAGUAAAACUAGUUUUCAACAGACGCUGAAUAGACGCCAACCAAAUAAAAAAUUCCUUUCUACUCCUGAGACAGAAGAGGUAGUCUUCAUUUAAAUGCCCGCAGUGUGAUAACAGUUGACCUGAUGCAAUUAGGCUAGACAGUCACCUUGUUCAUUUUUUUUAAAUACUGUGCUGCACUGUCUAUCAGAAAAACAUUUUACCUUUAAGCACUUUCCUUUUCAACAUCUUCAGCAUUCAAAGGUUCCGGCCACUGUCCACUUCUGCAGAUGUUUAUGUUAUCAAUCUGUGUUUACAAAGUUUCAGUUGUGUUUUGCAUCCAGGUGGCCUUUGUCACGUCACAGCAUUCAAACACACGUUGCAUGUCACAGUAAGCACUGUCACAGGGUUGCUGUUUCAUAGUUUAUAGCAUCACUGUGGAAUAUGUACUCGUUGAGCUUUAUAUCCAGUUAUGGGAUGACCUCACCAGCCUAUAGAAGCUAGACAGUCACCGUGUUCAUUUUUUUAUAAUACUGUGCUGCACUGUCUAUCAGGAAGAAAAAAAACGUUUUACCUUUUUAGCACUUUCAAAAAAUCAAACCUGUUCAAACAAGAGUUCACCUCAGUCGUGUUAACGUGUGAACUAGAGUUCAACACAGUUCGCAAUGUAUCAGAAUGAAGUUAGGGUUACUGCAUGCAAUGACAUGUAUAUUUCAGGCAUUUUUUUGUUGCUUUUUUUUUCAUUUUUUAAAAUAUGUGCUGUUCCUGCAAGUCACUCCACCUGAUCGUUGAUGCUGUUUCUGUAAACACUUAAGGGUGUUGUUAUGUACAACACUGGGUAGAGCUCAUGGAUUACCAGGUGGCCUACAAGUUUAUUUCUUGUACCUGAAAAUAAAAGCAUGGAUCACUAUCGAAA